AGCCGCUGCCGCCGCCCAAAAAUCUGCAGGAGGUGGAGGUCCCCAUCGUGGCGGAUGAGAUCUGUCGGCAGCAAUAUGGCAAUGUUAUCCAGGACGACAUGCUGUGUGCCGGGAGCCGGGGCCGGGACUCCUGCCAGGGUGACUCUGGGGGCCCCUUGGUCUGUAAAUUGAGGGGCACCUGGGUCCAGGUAGGCGUGGUGAGUUGGGGGCCCAAGGACUACUGUCUUCCCAACUUUCCUGGAGUCUAUGCCCGAGUGACAUCCUUCUUGCCUUGGAUCCGCGGUCAUAUUCGUUCCUCUCCUUGAGCCCGGGGCCGGGCAAGGAUGCUGCCCAUGAGAUGAAGACAGGCCCACAGGGUGUCUGGGGGACCCUCCCUGCUCCCUGCCAGUGCCAGCUCUUCAUUGCCCCUAGCGCCUCCUCCACCCCUCCCCCCGCCCCCACCUGCUCUGAGAUCCUCCCGCCUCAGCACCUCCAUCAGCCUCUCUCCCCUGACAGGCAAAAGGGAGAGGCGGGAUGUGCUCUGAAGUCCGGUGGGCUCUGCAGGACUCCUGCCUCCUCCCCACCCUCUGUAGCUCAUUAAACUGCAUGAAAAACUG